AUGCCAAUAUUCAAGCCGAAAUUAGUCAACCGGGGUGUUGCACGGAGAUUGAGUUGGGCGGGGAGAGGAUUAAGCCUGGACUUCCUCCAAUUCUCAGACCUAAGGUCGACUACAUUUAAAGGCUCAGAAGUCAAUAGUCUCGGGAAACUGCCACUUCGCGCGCCAUCAGCCAUAUUAUCCCGUCAGCUGGACACAUUGGAAAGCGAUACUGAAGAAGAAAUCGACGUCCAAUACACCGAUGGGGAAUCUGAAACGGAUCCCACGGCUUCUGAAUCCGAUGAGGCCUUCAUUGUUUAUGAAGACGAACCCAUCGAGACGGAUUACGACUCGAGCUACGUCCCUACAGAGAGCGAGGAAGUCGCCUCAUCCACUUCCUGCUCAGACUACGGAGAAUCUUUCAACGAGAGGGACUUGGGUGAAUACAUCACUGUACUCGAUGAGCGUGAAGUGGAGGGGAACGCUGGUAGGAUGACGGAGCUCCUGUUGAAUUUCUGGGCGGAGGAGAGUGUCGCUGAGGAGAUCCGAGAUCUGCUUCACGUUUCCCGCAAUGGACCAGUUGGAUGA